UCGUUCCUUUGCUGCUACCAAACUACCAAAAGUCCUUUAUAUUUCUGCAUUUCAGCAAUCAGAUCAUAUCAAACUUCAGUAUAGCUAUUCUCGAGUCUUCAACUUCAAAGUAAUGAGAAGUCAUCUUCUGAUCCCCUCAUCAUCCUCGAGAUCCCUGUUUUUCAGGUCCUUAUUAACAUCACAAUCAUCAUGUCCUCCUCCUAACCAGUUUGGGAGAUGUUAUAGUGGCAGCCAUGGCCAGGGGGAGCAAGAGAUGACUAGGGCGCCAUCAACAGCUGAAGAAUUCAAGAGAGUUGCAGAGGAGAAGCUGAAGCAAGCCGAGCAAGGGUUGGCCAAUCAGACUUUUGACAAGACUUCUGAUGGCACUGAGGAGGCUGCUAUCGACGACAGCAAACAUGAGUCCGUCAAGGAAAAGUACAAGCAGCAUGAAUCGGGGGCUGACUAUCGUAAGAGGCCACAUGAUGAUUGAGACAAUCGUUUCUUGCCAAUAUGAUCAGCUAGACUACUGAUUAAACUACCAAAAGUCGAGACUCAUGUCCUUCCCAGAAUCCCAUAUAUAGUUCUGUAAGACUGGAAUUAAUUUCCAUCAGAGUGAAGGGAGAUUUGAUUUGAUUAAGGUUGUCACUGAAACUAUGUAAUGUAUAUUACACAACAUAGAUCUGUGUGAUCAUUUUAAUUGAACUUGUUUAGAUUUUGUGAGGAAUAAAGAAAACCCUCGUGUAAUAUGUCGAAGAAAACCAAGCUCGAUGUUCAGUUAGAAAUAAUCCGUGUGUAAUAUCAAUCUGGUUAUAAGGAGGUCAAUCAACAUGUGCGUACGU